AUGGCAGACAAUUCUCACAAGAUAAGCUACCACACUGGAGAGGCCAAAGGCCAAGUUCAGGAGAAGGUGAGCAACAUGAUGGAUAAGGCAAGUGAUGUCGCUCAAUCAACCAAAGAGUCGGUACAAGAGGCAGGACAACAAAUGAUGGCUAAGGCACAAGGAGUAGCAGAUGCUGUUAAGGAUACUGUGAACAAGUGA